CUGCGUUCCACGUGCUCCGAUGUAAACAUUCCGCGGCAUGCUAAAAAUCGAAUAAAACUGCAAAAUACAACUGAAAAACAAAUAAACAGCAUGACAGAGGACAAUAAGGAAUCGGAGCCACGGGCCGUGUUCAAGGAGAGCAGCAAAAUCUUUCGCCGCAACCGAGCCCUGGGCUAUGUGAGCAACCAAGUGCCCGCCGUGACGCGGUACGUGCAGCGCCGCAGAGACACGCUGGUGAUCACAUGCAUCGGGCGCUCCUUCCAGGUGUACACUGCCAGCCACUUCCGACUGCUGCAUGUGAGCGGCCUGCACCCGGACGAGAUUACGGCACUGGCCACCGACAGGCUGCACACGUACACGGCGAGCAACAAGUGCAUCUACGCCUGGCGAGCCGGCAAGCACAUACGCCAUGUGUAUCGUGGCCACAACCGGGAUGUGCACCUUCUGCUGCCGUUCGGCUCGAAUCUGAUUGCCGUGGACCACGAAAAUGUGCUGAAAGUGUGGAACAUUUUCAGCGAGGAUGUGUACCUCGAGGUGCCGUUCAAGGUGGAGGAGUUCCAGAUCACGGCUGUGGCUCAUCCACCCACAUACAUCAACAAGAUAGUGCUGGGCUCGCGGCAGGGCCAGAUCAAGAUCCUAAACAUCAAGAAGAACAGCAUUGUGUGCACCUUCAAUCACCACGAGAGCCGCGUGACGUGCAUAGAGCCGGCACCCGCAUUGGACGUGGUGGCUGUGGGGCAUGGCGAUGGCGCCAUCAUCGUGCUGAAUCUGAAGUUCGACGAGGUGCUUAUGGCCUUCAAGCAGGACUGGGGCGUGGUCACCAGUCUAGCAUUCCGCACGGACGGUCCACCCAUUCUGGUGUCGGCCUGCCGAAACGGCUACAUGGCCUUCUGGAAUCUGGAGGAGCGCAAGCUGGCCGGCCAGCUGCAGGCCCAUGAGCAGCAGGUCACCACGGCCAUCUGUUUUCCCAGCGAGCCAGUCGUGUUCACCACCUCCCCGGACAACUCCAUGAAGCUCUUUGUAUUUGAUAUGCCGGACGGUGGCGCACGCCAGUUGCGCAUUCGUGAGGGGCACACCAAGCCACCGCUAUGCAUACGUUACCAUGGCAGCUCCGGCGUCUCCAUACUCUCCUCCGGCGAGGACAGCACUUUGCGGGUCUUUUCCACACUCUCCGAGUCACUGAACAAGAGCAUGGGCAGGGCCUCCUACAACCCAAAGGCCACCAAGCAUAAGAAUCGCUUUCAGUUCGACAAGUACAGCAUGCCGCCGAUUCUAGAGUUCACAUCGGACACGGCACGCGAGAAGGAAUGGGACAACAUAGCCGCCAUUCAUGCAGGCAUCAUACAGACCACCACUUGGACGUUUGACAAGAACCGCAUGGGUGAGCACCGCCUGGUGCCGAAGCAGUUCCAAAACAAGAACCGCGUUAACUUUGAGAGCGAAACGACUUGCAUUGUGCUGACGCACUGCGGCAACUUUGUGAUCAUUGGAUACAGCAGCGGCGACAUCGAGCGUUUUAACAUUCAGUCGGGACUGCAUCGCGCCAGAUACGGUGCGCCGGCCCACACGAAGGCCGUGCGAGGAUUGGCCAGCGACAAUCUCAAUCAGUGCGUGAUUUCUGGCUGCUCGGAGGGACUGCUCAAGUUCUGGCCCUUCAAGGGAAAGGUUGACAAACCUGUGGCCGUGCUGCGUCUGGCGGAUGGAAUUUCGAUAAUGCGACAGCACCGAGAGAGCUCCAUGCUGGCCAUUGGACUGGAGACCUUCAAGGUGUACGUGAUCGACAUGCACACUCGUGUGAUUGUGCGAAAGUUUGUGGGCCACACGGCCAAACUGAACGAUCUCACCUUCAGUCCGGACAGCCGUUGGCUCAUCACAGCGGCCAUGGACUCCACAAUCAAGGUGUGGGACAUACCCUCCUCGUAUAUGAUUGAUCACUUCCGUGUCGAGCGGCCUUGCGUCUCGCUGAGCAUGUCUCCCAAUGGCGACUUUCUGGCCACGGCUCACGUCAAUCUGCUGGGCAUCUACCUUUGGGCCAACAAGACCCUUUUCAAUCAGAUUUCCUUGCGUUCCAUUGACCCACACGAGCCAGCUCCAUAUGUCGGUCUGCCCACAAACAUUUGCGAUGCCAUGGACCUGGAGGAUGGCAUGAAGGAGCUGGAAAUCGAUGGGGAUGAUGAGGAACUGGGCGAGACGAUCGAUGCUCAAUAUGAGACGCCAAAACAGUUGUCACCAGAGCUGAUCACUUUGUCGGGUCUGGCUGCCUCACGCUGGCAAAAUCUUCUGGACUUGGAGCUUAUAAAGCAGCGCAACAAGCCCAAGGCCCCACCGAAGGCACCGAAACAGGCGCCCUUCUUCCUGCCCACCGUGUCUGGCCUGGAGAUGCGCUUCGAUGUGUCCAAUGCGGCCUCAGACAAAGACAGCUCCCGCAUCCUACAAGCCUCCACGCUCAACAAUCUGACCACCUUCGGCCAGCUACUGGAGGAAACUGCCAGUAGCAGCGAUUUCAAUCCCGCCGUGACGCACAUAAUCCAACUGGGUCCCUCGAUGAUCGACUUUGAGAUCAAAUCGCUGCAUCCGGAGGCCGGCGGCACCCUACUGGCCAUGGUGCAGUUCCUCAAACUCAUCGAGUUCAUGUUUAGCACCAACCUCAACUUUGAGCUGGCCCAAUCCUACCUGAGCGUAUUUCUGCGUUCGCACGGCCUCGCCCUGACAGAGUCCCCCGAUCUGGUACGCGCAUUGCGCUCCGUUUCGCAGGUGCAGGAGCAGGCCUGGGAAAGAGUCGAGAGUAAACUGAACUACGGCACAGGCGUGGUAGCCGCUUUGCGUAACUUUGCGAACUAGUUAGUAACUUGAGUUCUCCCCCUUUCCAUGCUAAGCUGCUCGUAAUUGUGGUGCUUUCUUCCCAUUUUGUUGUAAAUAAACUUUUGACACAAAAUU